AUGUCUCACUCGCACGAUGCCACCAACCACGGCCACACGCACGAGAUACUCGACGGGCCCGGCUCAUACGUCGGCCGCGAGCAACCACUUAUAGAGAACCGCGACUGGAAUGAUAGGGCCUUCACGAUCGGAAUUGGCGGGCCCGUCGGAUCAGGGAAAACAGCUUUAAUGCUAGCAUUAUGCCUAGCGUUACGUGAUGAGUAUAACAUUGCGGCUGUUACAAACGAUAUAUUUACUCGAGAAGACGCAGAGUUUCUCACUCGCAACAAGGCCCUCUCUCCAUCUCGUAUCCGUGCCAUCGAAACAGGAGGAUGUCCCCACGCGGCUGUCCGCGAGGAUAUAAGUGCCAACCUCCUCGCUCUCCAACAGCUACAACGCAAGUUCAAAACAGAUCUACUCCUCAUCGAGUCUGGAGGGGACAAUCUCGCAGCAAACUACUCUCGUGAGCUCGCCGAUUUCAUCAUCUACGUCAUCGAUGUUGCAGGCGGGGAUAAGAUACCGCGUAAAGGCGGACCAGGUAUCACUGGCAGUGACCUGUUGGUAGUCAACAAGAUCGACCUUGCAGAGGCCGUGGGGGCUGAUUUGGGUGUGAUGGAGAGAGAUGCGUCGAAAAUGAGAGAAGGAGGUCCAACUGUCUUUGCUGUCGUAAAGCAGGGGAAGGGGGUGGAACAUAUCGUGAAUUUGAUAUUGAGUGCCUGGAAGGGCAGUGGGGCGUAUGAUGCGAGCUUGGAGAGAUGGAAGAACGGUGCACCCAAGAACUCGGGGUCCGUAGAUGAUGAGUGA